AUGGAGAUGGCUAGGGCGGUGUGGCGAGAUACCGUGGUAAUCAUACGCAGCUUGGGCCGCCGAGUGCCAGUGGAAUGGAUUAGCCGGGAGCUACGGGUGGCCGGAAAACUCAACUAUGAUAUCGAGGAAUUCAUGAUGGCGAACGAGACUUUUGCCUUUCCAUUUCGAAGUGAGAGGGAUCGGGACGCUGCUAUGGAGGCCAGACCUUGGCUGGUGGCCGGUCAGCUCCUGGCCAUGGAGCGCUGGCGGCCAAACUUCGUUUCGGAGACCAAUCAGCUGUGCCGGGCUGUUGUUUGGCUUAGGUUGCCAAGUCUGCCAAUGGAGUAUUGGACGGAGGAGAUCAUUUGGGACAUAGUGGCAAAGGUUGGCCGACCCUUGGCGCUGGACAAAGUCACCGACCAAGGCCGGAAACUAGGAUUCGCCCGUGUCAAAGUUGAGUUGGAUGCGUGCGUGCCAAUCCGGCCUGGGACCUUCAUCCAGGUUGGUUCUGACCUAUACUGGCAAGCAUUUCGCUAUGAAAACCUUCCUAUUUUCUGCUACAAGUGCACCCGACUGGGGCACGAAGAGGGGGCUUGCCCCUUUCCUCCCAUGAUUCUGGCGACGUUCGAAGAACCGGGUGAUCAUCAUGCCUAG